AUGAAUAUCAUCCGUUUUACUAUGUUUAUUGCAACUUUACUUUUGACUAUUACAUUAAGUCAAGGAAAACCUGUACAACCAUCAUCAUCAAGUAAUAUUGAAGAUUAUACUAAAUAUCUUUUAAAUUUAAUUACAACUGAAAAUGAAUAUGCUCGAUUUUUAUCUUAUUUAAAAAUAUUUCCACCAAAAGAUAAUGAUAAUAUGCGAGCAUUAUAUGAUGAUUUAUUUUCAUUUAAUGCCUAUAUAUCUGAUAUAGCUCACAUGUAUGAAAAAUAUUAUACAUUAGACGAAAUACUUCAAUUAAUCGAAUUUUAUUCAAGUCCAUUAGGAAAAAAAACUCUUGAAUUUAAUAAUGAUCUUAAUCAACAAAUGGAAGAUAUAAUGUUAACAAAAAUUAGUGAUUAUAUUUUUACAUCAGCAGAACAUAAUAUCCAUAUUCCUCUUCCUGAAAUUCAUUAA